GCCGGACCAUUUCCGGCCGAGGCGGGUAACCCAUGCGAAGGCUACCCCGACUUCCCUUCGCUCCGCCGGGUGUCGCGGCGAACCGCGAUUGCUUUAGGAUAUGGGCACCAAACGCAAAAGCUCGGCUUCGGCCGGGGGGCAGGACCCGCCCCCGGCUAAGCGGGUUCGCAGCACCGGUGCCGCGGAAUUCACCGGCGCCCGGUUCAAAUUCCUCCUCCGCGACUCCAGCACUGCGAUGAAAGGUUUGGAAACCUUCAUAGCCAAAGCUAAAUUACUACCGUCAAAUGAGCAAUAUGAUGUAGUGGAAGAAUACAUAAAAGUUUCUAUUGAAUGUGUAGAAAUGUUUAAACUUCUGGAUGGUGAAAGGCGUCCUGACAGCGAGAUGCUGCUAAUUUUUCAAGCUCUAGAAAAUAUUUUGCUGCGAACAGCAAGUGAUCUGUCCCAUUUUCAUGUCGUGGGGAUGAAUAUAGUAAAGAAGUUGAUUAAUAGUUACAUGAAAUUAAUUUAUGCUGCCUUGUAUUCUGAAACUCAUAGACUGUCUCGUCUGUGUCUAACUUUAUUAUCAGCAAUGGUGUCACAGGGACCAGAUGCUGCCAGAGAUGUCUAUAGCCACUUUGAUUUCAAUAAUAAAUUCUUACCUAAUUUAGUGAAGAAGAGAGACUAUAAGGGUAAGCCUGAUAUCCGUACAGCAUACAUCCAAUAUGCCAUUUCCUUUUUAAUUGCUGGCGACCAUUCUAUCCUUAUGCAGGUUCUGGAGUUGAAAGAUUUCAUUCCAGAUAUUUUUAGGACAGGAUUAAAAGAAGAUAGAAUUUCCACAAUUAACCUUCUGCUUUCAACUUUGGAAACUAAGGUGGUUCUCAAUAAAGAUAUUAGUAAGACCCAGAAGGUACACUUUUUUACCUCAGAAAUACUGAACCACAUUGCUUCACUCUAUCGCUGGAAUGGAAUUACUGAUGUCAGCACAGUGGAUGUCAAGGCUUCCCAAGAGUGUGAAGAACCAGGAAAGCUUUUAGUGAGAGAACUGGUUCAUAAAUUUUUAAUGAACCUUUGUUGUUCUCUGAAGCAUGGCAUUAACUUUUAUGAUCCAAGUCUUGGCACAUCUGGCAGAGGAGGUAAUUUGGUUCUGCUGCGCUUUCUUCUGAGUCUAAAGACUGCUGUAGAAGAUGAGUUGGUUGCCACUCUUAUGGUGAACAUUUUCAAAGUAUGCCCAGAUUUACUGAACAGAUACUUUAAGGAAUCCCACUAUUCUUUUGUUCCGAGACUAAAAUCUGCAUGGCUAGACAACAUGAAAUUGCUGAGAAAGAUCUAUGAGGCUCAGCCAGACAUUUCGAAUGCUUUUAAAACCACUGAAUUUAUUCCACUUCCUAAAUUGCUUUCUAUGGUGAAAGUGACUACAGUGCCUGCAGUGUGCAAUAAAGCCAUGUUUACCCAAGGUUUAAAUAUAGCCAGUAAAACAGUGAAGCAUACUAUAUUUUCAUUGAUAACAACUAUUCUGAAAAGAGCACUGAAAAAUAUUGAGUAUUGUCAGAAUGAGAAGAUAUGGGAGAAGUCAGAAAUCUAUACUCCACUAAUCAUGAAGGAAUUUGUUCAGCAGUACCGGGAAGCACUUAGUAAGCUUUUACCAGAUAUGACAAACAUAAUUGCUGUCUGGCAGUCCUUUCUAAAGCCAGAUAAGGCUCAGGAAGGACAGGAAAAAAAAGGAACAGAAACUGCUUCUUGUAUGGAGGAAACAAAUGAAACAAACAAAGACCAUGGCUUCGAUGAUGUAGAAAUCACUCUUCUGAAAGCUGUUAUACUUCAAGUUAUAUGCCUUUAUCAACAAGUUGUUCCUCACUUAGUAGCACAGAGCAACUUCGAUUUUAGCAAAUUAAUAAAAGGUAUUUUUACUGAAAAAGGAUUGCAACAAGAAAUUUCUCCUGUUCUGCAUUAUCAUAUUCUCAAAUUGGCUCUUGAACUGCCUGCAAAUAAGUUUUCCUGGUUCAGAAUACAGGAUGCAGCUGAGAAGGUUUGUGGUGAAAAAUCUGUAUUUUACCUACUGAUGAAAAUGUUUGUCACCAGCCCCCAUUCACAGCUCAAAAUAGCAACCAAGAAAUUGAUUUUUAAGGUUUUGCACGACAGUGGAGUAUUUGAGUACACUGGGAAGGAACUUGAAUUGUGGCUCAAUCAUUUGGAUAAUACAGUUGAAGCCAAAAAGGAAAUCGUGAUUCAGUUUUUGGAAAGGGUCUUGGUCAAAGUGGUAACCAACCCUUAUCCAUAUACGGAUAAAGCAGCUGACUUUGUUCAAGAAGCAAGCAUUCUUCAGGUCAACUUAUUUAAACAAGAUGUUGAUAAUAUCAGCAUACCCAUUUCUCAUAUUGAUGAUGUUCUGGAUAUGAUUGAUGUCCUUGUGGAAGACAGUGAAGGUUUAAAUGAAGAAAUUGGAUGCACUUUAAGUGAAGACAUGAUUGUGAACACUUUUCCAUUUAGUGCAAUCGUCCCAUCUUCUUUAGAAGCAAGAAAUAAGUUACUUGUUGAUGAAAACGCAAGAGAAGAAAGCAUUGUGGAAUACCUUAUUGCUGUGUUCACUGACCUCCUGCAUUCUCAACGAGAUCCUUUAGCCCUUUGCCUGAUGUUUCAACAUUAUGAUAAAGAACUUCAGUCUGUCAGUGCUCAUCUUUGUCAGUUCAACUGUUAUUAUAGUCGUUGGAUACCACAACAAGCUAAGGAAGCUUUGUUCCAGGAAGACAGGAACAAGAGUGUGGAUGAGGUGUGGUCAUCAGAUUCCUCCUUUUUUACCUUGUUAAUGAAUAGCUAUCAGAAAGGUGUUGAUGUUUUAUUGGAAGAGGAUAUUCAAACAAAGCUAAAUGAAGCUAUUUCCCAGCUCCAGCCUCAGCAGCUCUUGUUGGCUUUAAAACAUGUUCUUCUGUACCUAAAAACUACGGUGGAGAACUUCGGCAGUUUGGACAAAAAUUCUGGCCUUUCCCUUGUUACUGUCUACAUGGAUUUGUUGAAGAGCUUGUUGCACAAAGGGGAUACAGAGUUGGGUGAUCAGCCUGAACAGAAAAAUACCCAGAUUGAACCUGAACUUUUUAUGGAAGCAGACAUUUUGAUACAAGACUCUGAGAAUGACAAGAUCAUGGAAGAGAUGCUCUCUUUGGUCUUCAAACACCCUAUACUGGAAAAUUGGUUCCUGGCUAUAGAACAACAUUCCCUCCCUCCACACAAUCUUAAUCCAAUUAAAGUAAAACUACUUUCAAGUCAUCUAAAUCGCAACAUUCUUGACUUGUUGAAAAUGAGCUGCCCAUUGCUACAACUUAGGAAUCAGCUAGAUAUACUCUGCAGAUAUUUUGAGGCCAUCACAAAGACUGUUUUGGAAGAGCUGCACACUGGUGCAAAAGAAGGAUGCAGAAUAUCUCCCAAAAAAUCUCUGCAGAUAGAAGCUUUACAAGAGCUGCACAUUUAUAUGAAUACGGACCAACUGAGAGAGAUCAUGCUACAACUUUGCAAGGCCAACCUCGCCCCUUCAAAAUCUGAAACUUUAGCUGGGAAAAAAAUAUGUCUGAACAUUCAUGGACAAACUUUGAUGCAGCUGCUCACAGAUGGUUACCAAAGAGGUUCUCUGAAAGGAGACUCCUUUUUUUCAAGAGAGCACAUUCAAGGAAUGAGUAUCCUGUUGUCUGCAUGUAUCACCGGACAGUUGGAAAACAUCUUUAUGUGUGUGAUACAGAAAGAACCUAUCUUUGCCCUGGCAGUUGACAUUAAAGUGCAGCUUUUGUGCCUUAAGCGUUCCACAGAAAUUUCCCUUUCUAUUGUAGCUUUGUUGAUUCAGUACUCUCACACUCAUUUGCUUCAUUUUGAGCUUUGGUGUCUGAAGAGUAGUACAAGCAAAUUUCUAAAAAUGAAUGCAGCCCUUUUUAUGCCCCUUGUUAAUGUGUAUUUGGACUGUCAAGAGAAGCAACAUUUCAAAUGCUUAUCAAAAGCUGUUAAGUCUGUCUUGAGAGAAGCUCUAUGGCCAGAAUUGCUGAAUAAGAUUUUGAAAGUGCCGUCUGCUGUGGAAUGUCUUGUUCUUUCCAAAUUAUUGCCACUAUCCGAUACCAAGGCCUUUACUGAACUAACAGAAAAAUUGACUUUAACUCUUGAGAGACUUGGAAAUCAUGAACAGUGGAUAAUUGCUGAUGCUAUAUCCAGAGCUCUGGAGACCUGUGCAGAAAAAGUGCAUUCAUGGAGGAAACAUCUACUAGUUGCUUGUAUGAAGUGGUUGAUCCUGUCCUUCAGUAGUAACCAAGAGCAAGAAAUGCAUUCCGAAGUGGAGAAUACUAUGCUAUUGAAGCUAGAAAACUUAUUGAAUUCAGUAACUGAAGUGAUUCCAGACGACUGGAAUAGUUUUGUGAAGCUGGGGCUGAAGUAUCGUUAUAAAAACCAAACUUUCCUGAAAACUCUGAAUGCAGCUAUAAAUGUAUUAUACCAGAAAGAAAACUCUUUUAAAAAGAGAUUAACCAAACUUGAAGUGCUUUACAUGAUGAUCACACAGCAUUCACUGUUUUUGUCCACAAUGUUGAGACCACAAGAAGGCAGUGACAUGAAUGCUCAUCUAAGAGAGGCAUUAGUGAACCUCCUGUUGUCUCUUGUGAAACUCUGCCCUGCAGUUUGUGAGAGAAAUCAUUUUGCUGUGCUGCUUGGAGCAUAUGGUGCAACACUGAGCAUUUCAGAUCAGAAGAUAUUGUUUUUACUUAAAUUAUAUGAAAAUAAUGGUCUAAGCCUUCUUGACUUCAGAAUAUUGCUGUGGGGUCCAGCUGCUGUGGAGCAUCAUAAAACAUGCAAAAGUUUGGGGAAGUCACUGUGGCAGCAACCAAGCAUGCAAGAAAUUAUGUGCCUGCUGGAUCGAGAAGUAAUGAUGAGGACCAUACUCCACUUCCCCCAGCAUCGGCUUCUUCUUUCCCCUGAGGAAGAACAUACAUUACAAAGCAAAGGGAAAAGUGAUAUGGCUUUUGAAGAUCUCUAUGAUCCAUGUUUUCUUCUCCAGCUAUUCAGUGAAUUAUUAAGGCCAGAGUGUGUGGUGGCAUGUCAUAAGUUCAUUGAAGUCAAUGCAUUGGGCUUGACAGUAGCUGCCCUUAGCAGCUAUGACAGUAACAUGCGUGCAGCUGCCUACCAUGUCCUGAGUUCCUUUCGCUCUCAUCUGGAAGCGGCUCGAUUCCGAGAACAGAAACAGUUGCUGUACCUUAUGGAUGUUGUGCAGAAUGGAAUAAAACAACCAAACCUCAGAUUUACUUUCCCUUUAACACUGUAUAUAGCUAGAGUUGCCCAGCAAAUACUGAAGCCAGAGGAGCAUAUGUACACAAAGUUGAACAGAUUUCUUCUAUCUCACCAAUAUUUGGAUUUGAGAAAAGUGCCAGGAUUUUUUCACCUUUUCUAUAGUUUUGAUUCAGAGCACAAAAUGGAGCGUGAAUGGGUUCUAGCUAUUAUUGGAGAAGGUCUCAGAGAUAAAAACUGCUAUCAGCUGUAUGAUUAUCAAAAGAUUUUCCAUGUCAUUCUGUCCUUCUUCCAUAGCCCAUUAUGUGAUGAAGCAACACAGUAUCAGAUUCUGGAAAUACUUCAAAAUGCUGCAUAUAUCACUAAAGCUGCUUAUGAACUAAUAAGGGACCAUAGCCUUUUAACCUGGCUGCUAUCCAUUGUUGAGAAAAGGUUUCUAGAAAACAAGUUGUUAAUAUGUAUAAUCUCCUUAAUUGACACUCUCUGGAAAACUAAUUUAGGAAAUAAGCAAACUUCACUCAGUUCAUCCAGCCAACUGGAAUUAAAAGAGAACCAGAAAUUCCUUCCCAUCCAGCUUAUCAAUGAAUUUCUCCAUGUUCUGCUCACACUUCUUAGCCACAUCCGAACCAACUUGGAUCCUGUUGAGUUUAUUCGGUUUUUCAGUGUAUUAAGCUCUGUACUGGAAUACCGCACUCUGGUUAUUGAAGCCUUCAGAGAAAUGGGCAGAUUCAUUGUAAACAAACAUAUUAUUUCAAACAAUGGUGUAUUGAUACUUUUGUACAAGUGGAGUAUAAUUAGCAAAGAUAUAGAGCUUCAGGAUCACCUGCAUGUUGUUGCACAACAAUACCAAAUCAAAGAAUUGCUUAAAAAUACAGACAGGAACAAGCCAUGGUUACAUUCGCAAACAUCAAUCCGACUAGCUCAGAAAAAGAGUAAAAUUGAAAUAGAGGCAGCUACAAUCUCUGAAUGGAAAGAAGUUUAUUUAAAUGAAUGCAGAACUCUUCUAAGAUCUAUUUUUAUCCUCUGGGAACCUGUUUUACUGGAAAUAUCAGCAAAAUCUCCAACAGAACAGAAAGGAUAUAGUAAUCCAGAUCUUACCUGUAAAAUUACUUAUUUAGUUUUUAGAUGGCUCAUUACAUCCUUCCUGGAUGACAGCUUGAACAUUCAGAAUGCACUCCCGACUUUCUGGUGGUUUAAAAAAUGUGGGUUUGGAAACAACAUUAUACUGGAUUAUAUUCUUAAAGAUGGAAUUCUGAAAAGGGCUAUAUUUAAGCUUUAUAGUAGCAUCUGUAAUGCCUCUGAAAUUGUGAAAUUGAGUGAUCUCUCUGUGCUUAAUGGAAUCAUGCUCCAUCUACUAGAAUCUCAGAGCCUGACAGAAAAUAAUUUUCAUGUGGCUGUGAAAAAAUUCUGCCUCACUGAAGUUACAGAUGUGAACAAAGCUGCAAGAAUUUUCCUUACUUCAAUUUAUAUUGGAGACAUUUGGCUAGGAGCAAGGCAACCAGACAUGUUUAUGAUGCACAUUAAACUAAUAUGUGGAGCAACCGAUACUGAACGAAAUGACAAAAAAAGGUUGGAAUUUGAAGAUUCAAUGGUUUCUCUCUGCAAAGACAUAUACUCAUUUUUAAGUCUUCAACCUCACUUUCAGUCUUAAACUCAAACAUUUGUCAACUUUCCUAUCUUGAAAUUAAAUAAAUAAAUAAAAGGAGCCAUUGUGUACAAUUCUACAGGAAUUGUUUCAAAAACAAUGUCUAUUAACAGCAGUACAACUGUGUGUUAUAAUAGGCAUGAUUUCAAAU